CAUGUCCAGACACGAUCAUUGGAUGAAGGAAGCCAUGAACAUGGCAGAAGAAGCUCUGGCGUCAGGAGAAGUCCCUGUCGGUUGUGUUUUUGUUCGAGAUGAAAAAAUAAUUGCAAAGGCUAGAAACCGGACAAACGAGUUGCGCAAUGCGACAAGACAUGCUGAAUUAGAAGCAAUUGACCAGAUAUUAUUGGACAAGGAAUUGACCCCGGAAGUUUCACAAUACCCACUUUCAACGACUACACUGUACGUUACGGUCGAACCAUGCAUAAUGUGUGCAUCAGCGCUUCGUCAGAUGGGGAUACGUGAAGUAUUCUAUGGCUGUGGAAACGAGCGAUUUGGCGGGUGUGGUAGCGUGCUUGGAGUGAACAAGGAACUUGGUCACCCAGUACAUCCAUCUUACAAUACCACGGGAGGUUUCCGCCGAGAAGAAGCGAUUAUGAUAUUGCGGCGAUUCUAUAUAACAGAGAAUACAAAGGCUCCUGUACCGAAAUCCAAAGCCAAUAGGGUCCUCAAAACUGAGAUUCUUUGAGUAGACGCUGUCCGUCGAGCAAGAGACUCCCCCUGAAAGUUUCUGUUAGGAUGGCGAAGAAUACCUCCACGUUCUGAGACACUGCGGUACGCUGAUACAUGAAAGGACCGGUACUCUCAGAAGACGAGGCGAGCCAACUUAAGGGCCUUCGGAAAGACAGGUAGAGAUCCGUUGACCCCAAUUUGGAGCAUUUUGGUCCCUACUUUUACAGUACACCGCCAAUUGUUGAACAGAUAGCUGACAUAUCUGCUACUUUAUAUAAUCACCAUCUAUCUCCACAUAUGUUCACGAUAUGUAGAGUCACAUGACAAUGCCAUAAAUACUCAGCAC